GAGCAGGAACAGGAGAACCAAAAGCGGCGUCUUCCCUCGGGACCUCCUCACCUCCUGCGAGCGAGUGCGCAGAGUUUACGACUUAAUAACGCAGCCGUGACAUUAUAGCAUGGACCAGCUAUGUUGUCCAGAAAAGGUCUCAUUCCCGAGGACUACCUGCUGACCCGCUUGGCGGAGGAUGUGUUGCAGCCAAAAUUCAAGACUAAACAGCGGAAAGCACGAUUCGUCGCCAAGAACGGAACGUGCAACGUCGCGCACACGAACAUUCGCGAACAAGGACGCUUUCUCCAGGACGUCUUCACUACUCUAGUGGACUUAAAAUGGCUUCACACGCUCCUGAUCUUCACCAUGUCGUUCCUGUGCAGUUGGCUCUUGUUCGGGAUGAUCUGGUGGCUCAUCGCGUUCGCGCACGGAGAUCUGGACGUGAAGGGGGACGACUUUGUGCCGUGCGUAACGGACAUCCACUCGUUCUCCUCCGCCUUUCUGUUCUCCAUCGAAGUCCAGGUGACUAUCGGCUUUGGCGGGCGGGUGAUCACGGAGGAGUGCGUGUCGGCCAUCGUGAUACUGAUCCUCCAAAACAUCGUAGGUCUGGUGAUCAAUGCCAUCAUGCUGGGAUGCAUCUUCAUGAAAACGGCGCAAGCGAACCGGCGCGCGGAGACGCUCAUCUUCAGCAAGCACGCGGUUAUCACCAUCAGAAACAACAAACUGUGCUUCAUGUUUCGUCUUGGGGACUUGAGGAAGAGCAUGAUCAUCAGUGCCACCGUGCACGUGCAGGUGGUGCGCAAGACCGUCACCAAUGAAGGCGAGAUCGUGCCUUUGGACCAGAUAGACAUCCAGAUGGACAACCCUGUUGGCACCAACAGCAUCUUCCUGGUGUCCCCCCUCAUCAUCAGUCACGUCAUUGAUAAAAACAGCCCUCUGUAUGAUUUAUCAGCGGCGGAUCUGCAGCAGGAGGACAUCGAGGUGAUCGUCGUUCUGGAGGGCGUGGUGGAGACCACCGGCAUCACCACCCAAGCGCGGACCUCUUACCUGUCCGAGGAGAUCCUGUGGGGUCACAAGUUCGUGCCUACGGUGUCUGAGGAGGACGGGAUGUACGCCGUGGACUAUUCUAAGUUUGGAAACACCGUAAAAGUGGCGACGCCGAGCUGCAGCGCGCGCGCUCUGGAUGAGGCGGGAGGGAUGGAGAGCGUCAGACUGAAGGAGUCCAGCGGCGCGUCAGUGAGGAGGAGAACCAGACACCAAGACAUCAAAGAACUGUGAAUGUACUGUCAUUAACCUCCGGAGACACACACACACACACACAGUACUGUAUAUUGGAAUACCCACGUCUACUGAACAGGUUUGACUUCUUUAGUAAUUUCCAUGUGUAUAAUCUUAAUGUUUAAGCAUAUAAUGAUAUUCAAGGGAAUUGUGUUCUUCUCAUUUUAAAGAAACAGUUUGGACCAUUUUCUAUUCUAACACACCAAUGCCUCUGUGUAUAAGGCAAGGUUCAAAAAGAAAUGAUUGAUUACGUCAGCGUGGAAGAGCUCUGUUGGGACUUUAAAUGCAGACCUUGAGCCCCAAACUCACCACCAAACACCAACGACUUGUACAUACACUAUACUGCCAAAAGUAUUGGUACCCCUUCUUUAGAACUGCGAAAGGAACUUCCAAAACUGGGGCAACAAAGAUGAAAACAUUUACAAAUUGUAUUUUCAUCUCUGUUGCAACAGUUUUGGAAGUGUCUAAAAUGACUGUACCCAUAUAUACAAGUCGUUGGUGUUUGGUGAUGAGGUUUGGGCUCAAGGUCUGCGUUUAAAGUCACACCAGAGGUCAAGUUCUUCUACACUGACUCAAUCAGUGAUUUCUUUUUGAACCUCACCUUAUACCUCAUACUCAUGCAAAUUACUAAAGUAGUCAAACCUGUUCAUUAGAAGGUGAUAUAGUGUGUGUGUGUGUGUGUGUGUGUGUGUUGGUGGACAAAAUUAUUAGAACACCUGACAGAUCUGAAAAUAUUAACCUUCUGUGCCUCCUAAACAUGAUUUCAUUUCAUAAUGUUCAUGAAACAUGCAGAUGGUUGCUCUGAGCACAACGAAUAUCAGAUGAAGCGAGUCAUACUGUUUUUAUCCACUUUUAACACUUGUAGUAUUUGGGGUGUCCACCUUUUGCAGCAUUUACAGCAGCACAUCUCUGCCUAGUGUCAAUAUAUUUCCUGAGAACUUCAACAGUAAUGUUAUCUCAUGCAUUCUGCAACUCAAGCCAAAGGAUUUCCUUUGAAUGUACAAAAAUAGACGUCUAGUUUAUUUUCAACCCAUGGGAACUCGAUGGGAUUGAGGUCCAGACUUUGUGGGGACCAGUCCAUCAUUUUCAGUGUUCCAGCAGAUUCCUUCCAUCGCAGAUAGUUCUGCCAAUAGUUUGUUUUAUGGGCACUGCAAUGGCCAAAUCAACAAAAACAACUGAAACCUCUUAAAUAUUAAAGUGUUCUAAUCAUUUUGGCCACCAUGGUAUAAAACUAAUAUAUUACAUUUAAUUUAUAAACACACAGCUAAUAGUUAAUUUAUAAUUUACAUUUUAUUUAAAAAAUAUAUUUUUAUAUUUGAUGUUUCUCUAUAUGCUGCUUAAUAAUGAAUUGUA